CAACCAAGCCAUCAGCAUCAGCAUCCAGUAGCUGUCCAGGGCUUACUCCAGGAGGAGGGCAGUGACCUCAGCCCAGCGCAAUAGGCCAGCCAGCAGCCACAGAGGGAAGGCUUCAAGUCACCCAUAAGACCUCUGCUAAGAGCCCUGACGUAGGUAUACCACGACAACCAAUCAGCGAGGCCGAGGAGACGAGGCUGUGCAAUCUCACCCUCCAUCCUUUAUGAUCCUAGGCAGCACCUUUGCAUUUAAGACGAGCAGCCACCGCACUGCAAGAGAGCCACACAGCAAACACUACAAAACAUCUCACACCUAGAGAUCACAGCUCCCCAUAUAGCCUACAAAACUCUGACGCCAUACCAACACAAUGGCCCCGCCCAAACAACCCAUCGAGGCUGCCCCGCCCUACGAAGAAGUAAGCAACACCUCCCCUGCCAAGAUUACCCGGCUCACACACACCGAACAGUACACGGAAGUCGCACAGGCCGACCACGAUGACCUCGAAUCCCGACCCCACGCACACGGCGAAUACGAUCCCACCUCUGCAAUCCCACUAGCCACAUCGAUAAUCACCACACCACACUCACACUGCGAGGCCUGCGACCGGAUCAUCGCGCGGCGGGAGAAGAGACAGAGCGCGCGCGAGUACUGCGGGAUAGUGGCGAUCGCCUUCGUGCUUCUGUUCAUCUGCGUGACGAUCUUGGGGGCGUUGACCACACGCGCGAGGACACGUCAUGAUGAUUGAUUACUGUCA